GACGAUCUCUCUGUUCAUUUGUCUGCCUGUCUCAUCGCUCUGUUAGUUUUUACUUCACCCCUUCUCUCUUACACACACACACACACGUCGCGCACACCCACACUGUAAAACAACUCCACCCCCACAUACACUCUCCCUCUCUUACUACUUUUCUUUCCAUUCCUUAUUUCUCUUGAAUGUUUAGAAAACAAUUUAUCACACGAACGCACCGGAAGAGGAUGUGAUUUCUGUCCUACCUCAUCUCCUCCCCACUCGAGAUAAAUUAGUUGAAUAGGCCUUACAAACAGCAGUUACCUCUGAAUACACUGAGGUUAUUAACUGCAUGAAGAAAAAACACCAACGUGUGUUGUUUAAGAAAAAAUAAAUAAAUGUAGCUCCGCGCUGAGCGCAUAUGAGCCACUGUGGAUGUUAAUAAUUUUAAGUCUUUAGGGUUCCUUGAAACGAAUGCUGCACGACAACAUGACUCUCCUUCAUAAUCCAGGAAGCCUCGUGAUUUUAAUAACAUAUGGACUGUGUAUUUUCCCGCCUGCGACAUCAUCAGAUAAAGACUGCCUACCCUACUGCACCUAUGUCCUCGACAAGAACACAACCCCAAUCGACAUCACAACUCCAGGUUAUCCAUCAAACUACCCCCAAGACGUCAACCUCCUUUGGACAUUUCAAGCGCCCUCUGGAUGCGGUCUGUCGCUAACCGUCAACGACCUAGAGCUGGCAACAGGGGACACCUUCAGAUUCGGACAACACAAGGCCAAGACCCAAAUGUACGAGGCAGAUGACGAUCUCGAGCGUGUGGUCAAUAGCACGUUUUCGUUCGCCACGAACGAGUUGGUGUGGGUGACAUUUUCUUCGGACAUCGACAAUGUCACCGACAGGGGAAUAUGGCUGACAGUUGCUGUCGAUCCAGAUCCCACCGACUUACCAGACAUUACUCCAAUAAUGGACUUUAAGUCACCUGUGGCUACAGACUUUAUGGAUCUUCCGUUAGUGUCUCUUGAACCAACUACCCGGAGACGCCUUGGAGUUUCAAUCCCAUUAGCAGUUGGGCUGACUCUGGUCGCGUUUGGCCUAGGAGUGGCGGUGGUGUGCGCCUAUCACAAAAAGAAGAGAUCUACGGCGAACGCCUCGACCUCCGACACCCGACCGCCUUUGGGGAUGUGCAACAAUCCUAUGAAUCACGAGAAACGAGACAUGAACCUGACCACACAUCAAGUAUCACCUGCUCUUGCACAAACAGGACCAAUGGAACCGGGUCUAAAGAACCACUAUUACGAGAUAGGAGAAGGCGAGUACAAUCUGUUGUUUGGUACCCCCGGACCGCAUGUGUACCAGGAAAUAUCCAAGAACCCACGCGGGAACAGCAAGAGGAGCGGGUCUACCGCCAGUUGUGACGGAAGCAAGAGGACCUUGAGCGCCGAACUUGAUGUCGAGUUCUGUGAACUUACGAACAUGAUUGAUAACAUGCUACACCCAGUUUCUAAGUCGCAGAGGUCACUCGGUGCGGGUAGUCUCGAUGGGAGUGGUUCCCAUCAUGCGAGUGCUGGGCAACGCUCCAGAGCAAACACGGCUGACAUCCCACGCGUUCGCCAUGCUUUUGUCACACCUGCACAAAAGCCAAACACUGUCUCAAGACCUCAGAUGCCGGUUCGGAAGUAUGCAAUAGGUAAAUUCGGUGUAAAUCCAAUGAACAUGAAGCUAAAAGGAGCUAGAAGUGUGGGCUCGAUACCUAUAUUUAUGGAAACCGAUAUCAGAAACGCUAACUGUGGCCAAUCAAAUCCUGGUAUUGGCCCUACGUACCAGCCUCUAAGGUCUACUGCGUCAAAAGCACACGUGGCCCCAAAUAUCCUGAAUAACAAUGAACAGCCUGGGUAUUAUGUUUUGGAAAGAGGGCCCCCUGGGACUAUUUCUUCUGCAGACUUAACACAGCAGGAAUAUUUUGUUCUGGAAAGUCAGUCUCCUGGAGUCAUAUCUCCUGUAGGCUCAUUAAUACUUUCUGACGGUGAAGGUUGGGAGAUUGUUGACAUUGUGCAUUCACUACCAGAGCAGCGUCGUCGGGCAAAUACGAGUGAUCAACCUCGCAAGCUGUCGGGGCAUUACACUGCAUUGAGAUCCACAAGUUUAUUGGCCACUCCCCAGGCUUCGCGGAAUAUAGAAGUACUGGACAAGCGCCUCGCCAAAAGUAAUCCUAACCUGAAUGCAGUCGGCGUCCAGUUGUGGAAUAACCUUCGUAAAAGCUCAGAAUCCUUGACGAAAACAUCACCUGGAUAUAGAGAUGGACUUCGUUCGUUUGUCUCAGAUGCUUUUAUUGAGGAAGAUGAAACAGAAGAAAAAUCCAUUUACCAACCACUCAGUAGACCUGCAUCUAUGGUGGAUUCACCACAAACUUCUAAUCCUAAAAAAGAAAAUACACAGGCGCCACAACAAUCGCAGUAUGAAACGCUUAGGAAGAACCAAACGCAAGUAAGGCCAGUUAUGGAAAAGGAAUCCAGAAGUUCCCAUCUUGUUAAUGGGGAUAUGAAAGAUGAUGGUGAAUACAAUGAGAUAGACAGUACCGAACAGACAUACCAACCUCUUAGUCGGCCUGCGUCCUUGGAAAACCUAACAUCCGGAUGGACUCCUGCAGAUGAAAUCACCUCGCCUCCUCUACCUAGUACACAGUACGAAAUGAAUAGGAAGAGUGUCCAGAUACGUCCUACCGUUGACGUGGUCCUCGGGAGGGAGCUUACGACUGUUGGGAGUUUCCAGCUUGUUUCUCCCGCGAGGCGCUCCGAUAAAAUGGCAAGUGCCACUAUCCAGAGACCCCAAACCGACGAAAAUGAUUACGAUGAACUGGACAUGGAAAACGGCGCAGAUGCAACGACUGAAACAAACCUAGGCAAUCUAUACAUUGACAUUUUGGACGAAUUCCAGGACGUCCCCACUCAGAUGGGAUUAGAACAUACUGCGGGAAACAAACGUUCUGGUGACAAGAAACUACAUAAGCUGCAUCAUCUUUCAAAAUCAUCAGGCACCAGAAACAGCCAGGAGACAGCAAGUUCCAUUGGAAAAGUCGAUGUUGGUCCUAGCCAACCUACAGGGGGCGCCACGUUGGAUAAACUAUCUUCAAAGAAUCGUCUUUCAACAACGUCAGGGGUAUAUUCAUCAAUAGGUCUGGAGGGAAGUGGAGACGAUCUGACUAACGGGGAAGGGAUUUACAGUGCAAUCAGUGGCGACAGCAGCGAUGAAGAUGACGAUAUCCAUGAGUACAUCAGUGUUGACGAUGUGUGUCCAAGAUAGUUCAAAACGUUAACAGAUCAACCCUUGACCCUUUAUCUCUCAUACGGUUCAAAUAGGUAUGAUAGACAACUUUUGAGCACAAAUAUCAGAAACUUUACUUUGAUAUCUGACAACGAAACGUUUAGACGGGACAUACUUAUCAUCAUCGUCGUCGUCCGGCAGUGGAAUGAAAUAUUGAGACUUCUGUCUUGGACACUGGUAUGAACAUGCUCAAGAGACCUAAACCAUACUUACUGUAUAUUUAUUACUCCUUGUUUAUGCCAAGCUUAUCCAGACCUAAGCUGAAUCGCAUAAAACAAAAAGCUGUACAGCGUUGACAUUUGAUAAAUUCGUGACAUUGACAAUCUUAGACAGUGUGUCAUAAGAAUUAAAGAGCGACAUGCCUUGCAAAUCGACUGUACGCAAACUAUAAUGCGUUGAUUUAGUUAUACGCUUUAUGGUUGACUUUUCUGUCUUAGCAACGAAUAUUCAUUAUUUUGAUGUGUACAGGUUUAUAAUUAAAGUAACAUUUUUUGUCAUUCAAAUGGCAGAUAGUUGCACACUUUCCUAUAUUUUCUGAACAUUCCUUAAUUCAUUUAUGUGGAAUGUGUGGGAAGUUGGUUCGUCGUGUCCUGAUUGACUAACCUUUCAUACUACCCAAUUAUGAUGUUAUGUGCAAAGCUUCUUUUCAUGACACUAUCAUGACAAUUCGAAAGAUCAAAACUCUGUGACGUUUCUAGAUAAGUUGGAAUUUUUAUACAUUAUUUUGAGUUUCAUUGUUGCUUUUUUAUUUGGAUCUACGCAUAUGAAAGAUAAAUUCAAUGGAUAUAAAGACAAAUGUAUGUCUAGAUUCCUCUUCUUAUAAGUAUUAUCCCUAGAAAUUUAUUAAAUGAGGGCUAAGGUAAUGAUUUAUUGAUCAUGAUGCAAUUUCUUACAUAGCAAAAAAAAAGACUUGGCUGAUUAUUGUACAUGAGGGGUGGGUGAUUAACACCCCCCGAUCUCGGCCAUUUCCCACCUAAUUUUACCAAGCUACCCGUAGCUUGAGGUUAGAAGUUGAUAACCAUGACAAUAUAACAUGUAUAAUGGUCAUUUUCAUUUCUAAUGGAAAGAACAAACUGAUUCGUCAAAAUAAAAAAUAAGACAGAAUUGGCAAUAAAUGUUUAAUUUUUGUAUGGUCAAAAUGACCAAGGAGCUUCCUUUCUCCUCGUGUGGUAGAAACUCCAGAAAUUUAAGAUCAUCAGACGCAUCAUUUCACUAUUCAACGAAAAAAAAAUCGAUUAUCGUGAACUGUCGAAAAUAUAUUUGUAAGAUUCUGAUCGCAUGACAUGUGUGGGAGUUGCUCAAAAUCACACCGCACCCCCAAAACUCUCAUUCUUUGAUGUGUUUCGGUCAUACAUUCAUUAAAAUGUUUUCAGCUCUUAUUAACGCAAAUUCGACCUCGAGCAGAAUUUGCCUUUUGAAAUGGAUUUUUUUUUUCAAAUACACUAAAUAUGUUCUGCAACUUCUGAUGUUUUCGAGAAUGGGACAUUAUAAAAAGGAGGUGUUGUAUAUAAUUAUGUGCAUUGUUCAUAAUUGUGUAUAGAAGGAACUAGUGUGUAUUAAAUGGAUAUUGUACUGAUAGAACAGUUUGAUUUAUGGUUCUUACAUAGCACAAAUAGAGAUGAACAUAUUGUGGUUAAGUAUGGCUUGCUUACCCCCCCCCCCC